AUGACCCGCAACUCGAUGCCUCCAAUCAUUCACCAACUCCAAAACGCAGAGUCCGUAUCGUCCCAAGUAUCAAUCCUCCGGAAUCUUAAGAAUGAGACAAUUGGUCAUGACCAACGGAAGGAGACCUGGGUCAGGUGGGGGAUAAUUCCGAUCCUGGCUCAAGUGCUUGCGUUGCGCCAACCUACCGGCAAGAAUGUCGCAACUUCGGAGCUCAAUGGAGUUAGCGAUUGGAGCUCUUCUAAGCCAAAAUCGGAGCAAGACGAAGCGUGCUUACAGGCGAUUAUCGUUCUUGGUAGCCUAGCACAAGGCGGCCCGGCUUUCCUCUCUCCCAUUUUGGCCAGCGGCAUCCUGUCGAACCUUCUUUCUAUUCUGUCGACUCCCGAUUGCCCUACCUUUCUCUGCUUGCCCAUUCUCCGCACUCUCAACAACAUCGCUGAUCGGCUGCCACUGCGAAGCCAACACGAUCGCCCGGUGGAUACUCGUCUAGCCGAAUUGCUUUUCCAGAAGGAAUAUGUGGAAUGUCUGGCCCGUAUACUUGGACAGGAUUAUAGUACCCACCAGGCUCAGGCAUCGAUUGAACUUACCGCGUCGCUCAUUGGCAAACUGUGCACGGAAGAAACACACAAGGCUCUUUUGGCUGACUGUGGGGUGCUGGAUGCCCUAUCUGUCAAGGUUGCCUCCUUUGUUGUCGCUCAAGGGUUCGUUUUGCCCGGUGCCGAGCAGCAUGUCGGGGCGCCUGGGGCUCUAGGGGCGCUUCCGACCCCCGCACCCCUAUCCGCCAAACUAGCACCCAUCCUUCGUGCGGUUGCAAUCAUCAUCGAGCACUCGAAAUGGCGCGCGGAACACUUCCUCUCAUCCCCUGGAAUUUUGACGGUCUUUCCAAAGCAGCUGCCGGACUUCGCGCCAGGUGAUGUCAAAAAAGGUCCUUGGGGCUCUACCUAUCUGUCCGGAUCUGCCGUACCACGUCAUCCUGGUGCGAGUCCAAUCGAGCAUCUCUUACCGUCCGUUCCCAUUCCGCAGCUAAAGAAUUCACCAAGCGCAUUGAACUUCCCACCUUUGGGUCAAGGGAGCCGUCGACACAACCAGCCGUUUCCCACCCCUUUUUCGCUCUUCGAAACACCGGCUGCCGAAGAUGACGAAAAUACCAUCAUACCCUGGCUAUUGUAUGUCCUCCGGUCUGAGAGUGGCAUGGUACGACUGAUGGCAGCCCGCCUGGUUACUGUACUGUUUCGCCUAGGUCUCGCCAAGAAGCACCGGGUUUCUAUGUUCGGAUUCCUGUUGAUCCCCAUUCUAAUUCGAAUGCUGGACAAGGAAUCUGAUAUCUGGGGAGGGGAAGACAAUGGGUCUGAAGGCUUAAUCCCCAUAACCAAACGUCUUCGGGAAGAAGCGCCAGCAGUGCUGGCCUUGUUGGUAAUGGAUGAUCAAGAGUUGCAACGACAUGCGGUCGAGGGUGGGGUGAUUAAGCGGCUUUCUCAGCUUCUAAAGGAGUCUUAUAACCCGUUGCAGGAGACCACGCGGCCGAUGUGGCAUGCGGAAGAAGAAGAAAGUGAGCAGGGAUCUAAAAGAUCACAGACCCCGGAGUGUCAACUCGGCCCUCCGGGGCUUUCUCCGAUGCACUGCCAUGUGAUGCGGUACCGGGAGAAUAUCCUCAAAGCUCUAGCAGCCCUGAUCCCUUUCAAGGAUGAAUACCGCAAAGCAGUCUGUGAAAACGGAGUAGUGCCCUACAUUAUCGAUUCUCUCAAGCCGUCCUCGAGUGAGGCGCCUACGGAAGUGUCCAACCCGAAGAAUAGUGCAGCAGACGGCAACCCGACGCCAACAUUAUUGGCCGCCUGUGGUGCCGUUCGAAUGCUUACCCGAUCCGUUAGUGCUCUGAGAACCAGCCUGAUAGAUGCGGGUGUUGCAUCCCCAUUAUUUGUCCUCAUCAGACACCCGGAUAUUGAGGUGAGGAUUGCUGCAACGUCGGUGAUCUGUAAUCUGGUGUUGGACUUUAGCCCAAUGAAGGAGGCUAUCAUCUCUGCCGAAACUCUUCCUCUUCUCUGCGAGCACGCUCAUUCGUCGAACACGAAACUUCGAAUCGAGUCUCUUUGGGCACUGAAACAUGUGUCCUACAAUGCUACUAAUGAUAUCAAAACCAGAAUAGUCGACGCUUUAAGUCCCGACUGGAUCAAGCAGAUUAUUACGCAAGACCCGACAAGAGCUGCGGUCAAGCGAGGGCUGAAUGCAGAUAUGGAAAGUAUCACCCCGGUAGGCAUGGGGCGAGCUAAUUCGGCUGGAGAGCAAGUUGACUUAUUGAAUCCCGUCGACGACUCCCAGGACGAUGAUGAAGAUAUGAAUAUGUCGGAUCCAAUCCCCCAGUCCAAGAUAAGUCUGGGCUCAUUCCUUCCGGAUGCGAGCCGACGGCGCAAACUGGCCCUGAGCGGUGACCUGGAUCAGACAACGCAAGCUCGGCAGGAUGAUAUUGCGGUGCAGGAACAGACGCUUGACUUGGUCCGAAACCUGAUCUGUGGGCACGAGUCCUCAGAGGUCAUUGAUUAUUUGUUCAAACAUAUUGGCGAAGAUGUGAUCCUGGAUGCGCUGGCGGACAAACUGCGACCGCGAUCGAUACCACUUCCUCCUCGACAGCAGUCGCCGACAGGUAGAACAAAACUCCACGUUCCGACCGAGAUUGUGGCAUCUACUACAUAUGUCUUGAUCCAUCUCGCCGCGAGUCUUCCUCGGCAUCGUGACCUUUUGAUGAAGCACCGCGACCUGUUGCCCAACAUGAUGAACUAUUUCAAUCACGACCACCGCGACGUGCGGGCGAACUGCGUCUGGGUGAUCAUCAACCUGACAUAUCCAGAUGACAACACUGACCGGGAUGCGUCUAGCGGACGAGCAUUCAGACUACGGGCCCUUGGCGUCCCGGAUCGACUUAGCAGCUUGUUAGAUGAUCCAGAUCUGGAUGUGCGCGAACGGGCCAAGACUGCCGAUCAUCUACUCCGGUCAGAUAACGAUAGGUCCGGGCGAACAUGA